GACCGCUAAUCCAGGAUGUGAAUGUUUUGUUUAGUCCGUGCAAGUGGCAAAGAUGUUUAAAAUAAAUAUAUUCUGCAUUUUUAUUCUUAGUUGCAGUGACCAUGAAGAAAUCAACUAGAUGAAAGCUGCAGACGUUUAUCUCUCGCGUUGUCUGCACUUUGCAUGAGCAGAGGGGAUUGAAUGGUCACUGAUUGCUGUCCUCGGUUGGGAUUGCGGCUUGGCCUGUCAGUGUACCGCUGUUACAGUCAUGUUUAUUUCAUAAAGAUGGCAACGAGGGGCACAUUAUAAACUAAAUGACUGUCAGAAACAUCGCCUCCAUCUGUAAUAUGGGCACCAAUGCCUCUGCUCUGGAGAAAGACAUUGGUCCAGAGCAGUUCCCCAUUAAUGAACACUACUUUGGAUUGGUCAACUUUGGGAACACGUGCUACUGUAACUCAGUGUUGCAGGCUCUGUAUUUCUGCCGGCCGUUCAGGGAGAAUGUGUUGGCUUAUAAAGUCCAGCAGAAGAAGAAGGAGAACCUUCUCACCUGUCUGGCCGACCUCUUCCACAGCAUCGCCACACAGAAGAAGAAGGUGGGCGUGAUCCCUCCCAAGAAGUUCAUCUCACGUCUGCGGAAGGAGAAUGACCUGUUUGAUAACUACAUGCAGCAGGACGCCCACGAGUUCCUGAACUACCUGCUGAACACGGUGGCUGACAUCCUGCAAGAGGAGAAGAAACAGGAAAAACAGAACGGACGACUGAAGAACAACGGCACUGCCAUCGCCACGGACACCGAGCCAGAACAGAACAAGGCCGAGCCCACCUGGGUUCACGAUAUCUUCCAGGGCACGCUGACCAAUGAGACACGCUGUCUCAACUGUGAGACGGUCAGUAGCAAGGAUGAAGACUUUUUGGAUUUGUCUGUAGAUGUUGAGCAGAACACUUCAAUAACACACUGUCUCAGGGGCUUCAGUAAUACAGAGACCCUGUGCAGUGAGUAUAAAUACUACUGUGAGACGUGCUGUAGCAAACAAGAGGCACAGAAACGUAUGCGUGUGAAGAAGCUGCCCAUGAUCCUGGCUCUUCAUCUGAAGCGCUUUAAGUACAUGGAGCAGCUGCAUCGGUACACUAAACUGAGCUAUCGUGUGGUCUUUCCACUGGAGCUCCGCCUCUUCAACACCUCCGGAGACGCGGUCAACCUCGACCGCAUGUACGACCUCGUCGCUGUGGUGGUCCACUGUGGCAGUGGCCCAAACAGAGGGCAUUACAUCACCAUUGUGAAGAGUCAUGGCUUCUGGCUGCUGUUUGAUGAUGACAUUGUUGAGAAAAUUGAUGCACAGGCGAUAGAGGAGUUCUACGGUUUGACUUCUGACAUUUCCAAGAACUCUGAGUCGGGAUAUAUCCUGUUCUAUCAGUCCAGAGAAUGAAGGAGCAGAGGGGGAACAAAUGAAGAGCAGAGGAGGAUCAAAAGGAAGGGUAUUUGUGAAGAUGACAUCCGCUAGAUUCCUUUUCCACAUCCCUCUCCUUUUCCUCAUCUCAUACUCAGGGUCUCCAGCUGAGACUGAGUGCCAAAAGCCCUCUGUAAUCCCAUGUGCCAGUAUGACAUUUCCCAAUCUCGCUGCACUCUGCGGGGGAAAAACACAUCUUCAAAUCUGACCCUCAAGUCAGUCACCUGCAUCUGGAAGGCACUUUAUUAACAACAAUAAGUAACACAAAAGCAACACAA